UUGAAAUGUUGCUUUAUUGCGAGAACUAGCAGCAACAGCAAAGUGUGGAGUUGUGACGUUAAAGAUUUUUAUGCUUUCAUAUAAAGAAUUGUCCUGAAAAGUCUAUAUUGCUUUAGUUUACGUACAAUACCAUGUCCGCAAUGAAUUCAAUGUCGAACGUGGAAAAUUUAUCACCACAAAUUAUCCGGAGAGUAGUAAAGGAAAUGAAUGAUUUGGUAAAUGACCCACCAGAAGGUAUCAAAGUAAGCAUCAACGAUGAAGACAUCUCAGACAUCCAAGCUUAUAUAGAAGGGCCAGCGGGCACACCAUAUGCAGGAGGAGUUUUUCGAGUGAAACUUGCACUCGGGAAAGAUUUUCCACAAACACCACCAAAAGCAUUUUUUCUCACAAAGAUUUUCCAUCCAAAUGUAGCAAAGAAUGGUGAAAUCUGUGUCAAUACACUGAAGAAGGACUGGAAACCUGACCUUGGAAUCAAACAUAUACUACUCACUGUGAAAUGUUUGCUCAUUGUACCUAAUGCAGAAUCUGCACUGAAUGAAGAAGCUGGAAAAUUACUGCUGGAGCAAUAUGAAUGUUAUUCACAAAGAGCAAAAAUGAUGACAGAAAUUCAUGCAUUGUCAUCAAAAGUGCCAAAGGCAGGACUGGAAGUAGCAGCAUCAUCAGCAGAUGGUCCCAUGGCCAAGAAACAUGCGGGUGACAAGAAAGUAACAGCUGACAAGGAGAAGAAGAAAUUGCUUAAGGAUAAAAAGAGAACAUUGAAAAGGUUAUGAAACUGAAAUAUGGACUCCUGAUCUUAUCUUUUCAUACAGUAAUCUGUAGGAAAAUGGAAGAUCAGACUAGGAAAUAUUUUUAUGUAAAUAUUUUUAAAGAGAGAAAGGCACUGAUAAAGAUUUAGAUGGCAACACUUGAAGUAACAUUUAACAAGCAGUUUACUGUCAAAAACUAUUUAUAAGUGGUACACAUUAGAAAAUGAAAAAAAAAUCCUGUUAUUUAAAUAUGAAUAUGACACCAGUUGAACUGGUUUUGAGUGAAAACUGGAGUAUUUAUUGGCUUAGAUAUGUCUUUGUCUGAAAUUUAUUUAUUUUAUGAAACAUUUAAGCACCUUUUAUGUAUAUUAUAAUCAUUGGGACCCCCAGUGUUAAUAUUUGAACUAAUAUACACUAAAUUUGAAUUUUGUACAUGUGUGGAGAGAAUAAAACUACAAACACCUCAGGCCACAAGUAUUUCCAGCCUUGAGGUAACCUAAUAAAAAGUUAUAUACAGA